CUGAAACAGGACGCGAACUACGAGCCUUCGAAUUCACAAUCUGAGCAUCUUAACUAUUAGGCCAUGCUUGGUUCUUAGAGAAAGUGGAGUUAAGCUUGGUUGCGUGAAAAAUAUGUGGAUUAACUUCGUUUGUGGAUAAGAUAUCUUGUUCCCCAAUGGAUCAGCGAGGAUGCGGACUGUGACGAACACAUUUCUUCUGAACCUGGCCAUCAGUGACCUACUUCUUGGAGUCUUCUGUAUGCCCUUCACUCUGGUGGGGAGUCUUCUUAGAAACUUCAUAUUUGGUGAUUUAAUGUGUCGUCUUAUUCCUUAUCUGCAAGCUGUUUCGGUCUCAGUCAGUGUAUGGACACUCGUAUCUAUUUCUAUCGAGCGAUACUACGCCAUCUGUCGACCGUUAGUGUCCCGACAAUGGCAAACGUUAUCACAUGCCUACAAAGUGAUUUUUUUCAUAUGGGGAGGUUCCUUGAUGACGAUGCUACCAAUUGCUGUCCUCAGUCAACUCAUACCAACUAAUACCCCAGGCAUUCCGACUAGAAGGAGAGAGAAUACUGAUUCUGAUAAUUUAUCGUCGACAUCAUUUCAAAUGCUGUGGCGAAAACGCCCUAUCUAUCGGCGAACAGGCGAACCAACAUGUAGCAAUCACCAUAAUGCAGCUCACCCAUUGAUUAUCCGAGGAAAUACUGAAAAAAGUCGAGCAGCCAAACGUAGGGUUAUCCAAAUGCUGUUUGUUCUAGUAUUGGAAUUUAUAGUUUGCUGGACACCUCUCUAUAUCCUCAACACGUGGGUUCUUUACGAUCACGAUGGCUUAUACUCUAAUGUUGGACCCACUGGAAUUUCCGUUAUUCAUUUGCUGGCCUACUGUUCUUCAUGUUGUAAUCCUAUCACAUAUUGUUUCAUGUACAACAAGUUUCGCAAAGCUUUUAUCUCCUUCAUUGGCUUCCAAAAGAAAAAGACAUGGCAGUCCAAUUUGGGAAGUGACCUCCCUACAGUAAACAGUGUAUUCAGCGCACGGAAUACUACCAGACAAGAGAUGUUUGGACGCAUUGAAGACAUGAGACUUUAGAUCGACUCAUCACGAAAAAAACAAACAGUUUUUCAAAAAUCGAUAUUCGUCGGAAUAGAAAACUGGAUGAUUUGUAAACUUUUCAUAGUUGUUAAACAGGAUUAAGGAUUUCAACAUAAUAU